AUGUUAUUGUCAAGUGAAUCUUGGACUAAAGUAUUCAUCCUGUGCAAUUGUAGUUUUGUAGUGUUCGGUGUUGCUCUGUUAGCACUCGGAAUUCAACCACAAAUCACAUUAAAUCAAUUCAGAACUAUACUACAAAAUGCGAAACCAGAGAUCUUCCUGGUUGUCAGUAUUUCAGGAGGUCUCGGUGUACUAGGAUCAUUUGUUGGCAUUUAUGGACACUCGAAGAAACACAAAAUGAUCAUAUAUUUGAACAUUUUCGUUUUGUUUAUCGUGACUUGUAUGUGGAUCGGUAUGUCAUUUAAAGUAGCUUUAACGGAAGACAGGUUCCCUCAGUUAGCUGACAACUCACUAAGUUCUACUGUUAAAAAAUAUGAUAAACGAGUUGAUUAUCGGAUGGAGUUUGAUCAAUUACAAAAGAGUUUUUUCUGCUGUGGAGCGUCAUCGUACAAAGACUAUCCAGUUAUUGAAAGAGUACUGAAAACACCUGUUUCAUGUAUGUACAGUAAACUCGAAUUUCCCAGAGGAUGUGUAUCAGCGAUAAUUGAAUAUACACAAACUUAUCUAAAUAUAAUCAUGUAUCUAUGCUUCACAUUCGGGAUUAUUCAAGCGCUCUACUUGAUAUUGUCAAUUAUGAGAAUACGUAAAUUUGAAGGUGACAAUUUUCUAUCUGCAUAAUUGUCUUAUUGAGACCAAAUGUUAAGAAGAUAUUCAAUGGAACCUAAUGUCAAUCAAACAACCGAAUCAUUGACUAUUCAUUACUCAUUCUAUUGCCAUUUGAUCUUACUUAUUUGUACACCAUUAUACACUAUUCUUAUCAACUGAAUAAUGAAUUUCUUCAUUAUUUUCUUUGUUUAAAUCAACUUGUUACUGGGAGGUAUUUCGAAAGAAAACAAACAAAACAUGAGAAACGUUUAUUCUCUUUAACACAAUCGAUAGGAUAUUUCAACUAGAGUAUAUCAGUCAAUCAGAUCCGAAGUGUUCAUACAACGAAUACAAGGUACUUGAUCGAAAGGAGAUUAUCAUUAUUAUUAUUAUCAUAAGGUAUUGAUUAGAUUUCAAGAUAGAUGGUUGUCAUCUCUUCAGAGUGUUUAUUGUGGAGGUGUAAUAGCAAUGAUAAAUCGAUCUAGUUGUGGUUAUUGAGAGUUGCAUUAUGAUUUAAUGAUGGAAAGUCAUUGGUUGACUAUAACACUGAGAGCAUUGUGGAUUGAUUGAGCUUUAGAAGUAAAACGAUAGGUGUAUUUUUCUUUGAAAUUCUACUUGUGACAUUUCGUCACAAUAUCUGUUGAGCAUAGUUGGAGAUGUGAAAACCACACUACAAUGGAAUAUACACUAUUGAUAUAACAUGGCUUGGACUUACUUACUUACGUGCGCCUGUUACUCCUAAUGGAGCAUAGGCCGCCGACCUGCAUUCUCCAACCCACUAUGUCCUGGCCAUUCUUUUCUGAUUCCAUCCAAUUCUUGUUCAUUUUUC